AUUCAGUAGGCUUUGUAGACACAUUUCUUACUAUUUUGGAUCUCAAUAUCUUCAACCCGGAUGAUAUUUGCAUGAUAUGAGGGGUAAUUGAUGUGCUCUUUGUUCCUCAGAUGACUCUCAAUAUCCCUACUAUGUGUGGACUUAGUUCAUCUCAUGAGCUGAAAAGAAACCAAAUCUGAGCAUUCACAUUGUGAUCUUUCAGCUGAUAUGGAAGGAAAGGGUAGAUUUAGUGCGAGGAAAUGGGUGUUUUCCGAUCAAACAAACCCUUCUAAUUUGGCUAGUUCAGUUCCUGAAGGCAAUGCUCCUGGGUACCAGCCAAGUUUCCUCAAGAUGAGUGCAUAUACUAACAGAAGCUCAAUAGUGAACGAGCCUGAUAAUGAAGCCUCUUCAAUGGAGUUCCCUUGGUUUCCACAGAGAAGUUUCUUCUCUCCCACAAGAGACCCUUCACCUGAACACACAAAAAAGAACAAAGAGAUCGAAGCGAAACCUGCUAAGGUCAGAAUUGCCACUAAGGCACUAAGGCCUAAAGAACCAAAGAAGCCUCCAGCGAAGAAGAAAGGGACUUCAAUUUCAACAGGCAAACGAGAAAAGAGAAAUCAAGAUGCCACCAUUGAGGGUACAACACAGGAUUUUUCGGGUGUGCCAGCACCUGUGUGCACGUGUACGGGUGUUUCUCGUCAGUGCUAUAGGUGGGGAUCCGGUGGCUGGCAAUCGUACAUGUUGUAACUACGACG